ACUCUUCCGCGUCUUUUCUACUGUCAAGUUCUCAAAAAGCUCUCUACUGCCAUUUUUCAAGCUUUGAAUGUUCAAUUAAUCUUGAGCAAGAUGAUGUUGCCUUAUCCGAAGAGACGGCCAAGCAAGGCCUUGACUUUGUCAUUCCUAUUGGGACUGAGCCUCAAUUGCGUUCAUGUGGCGGCCAAAGCGGAAGCCGAGGCCGAUCCCCAGGCAGAGGCCAUGCCUGACCCCGACCCACAAUACAUGAUGAUGAGCCCACCCAGUAUGGCUCCAUUUCCAAAAAGUCCUUGUGAAAUGACCAACCAAUGUUGUGGAAUGGCCAAUUCCAAUUGUUGUGUAGGAGGUCAAAAAUGCUAUACCACCUACGAGCGGAAAUGCGAAACUGAGGACGAUCCUCAAUGUCAAAUGUCUAUGAAGCGAGUUUGCGCCACCGAAACACGGCCAUCUUGCCGAUUGGUUACCGAGAUUGUGCAGAGGGAAUUUACGGGCUCAGUUUGCACGCCCAAGCCCCUAACCAAAUGUUGGACUUACGAAAAGAAAGUAUGCACCCCAAGUUCAAAACCCGCCUCUCAAGAUGUCACUUGGGAAAACGACAUCGUUCAACCCCUGGAUGCAAAGACCAAACAACAGUGUUACCAAGAAACCGUGUACAAUUGCAUGGAAAAAGUCUACUCUGACGUGGUUACCAAUCAAGUUGAAAAGACGCGGGUUGUCCCAGAUUCACGACAGCAAUGCAGCAAUGUCCCGGUGGUGGGCAAAUCGACCACGGUCACUGUGCCAGUCGUGAGCAUUUCGUACCGAACUGCUUGUUAUGACAUCCCUGCGCCCAGAUGUUCCACCUCCAUGUGCGGCACUGGAACUUGCGGACAAGGCCAAAGCGUUUGCUCCAGGAAUGAUUACAACACCCAAACAGUCUGUCCAAGCGGAGUGAACAAUCCCAAUCAGAAUUGCCAACAAGUUCAAAGACCCGUGUGUUAUGAUCAGGGCCCUCAAUGUAAUGCGGGAAGUCAGCAAUGUUGCGGGCAACAGACUCAGCGAGUUUGCCGUCAAGUUCCUGAGAGGAACGUCCAACAAGUCAGCCGAGUCAUUCCUGGACAAGUUACUUACCAACGCUCCUGCCAAACGAUUGAUUUCAGUCGUACAGAAAAGUAUCUUGAGCCUGUACAACAAGUGGUGAAUCGAACCAAGAAGGAGUGCCCAUCGAGCAUUGUGUCCAAAUGUGCCAACAUAACUGUGUCCGAUUUCAAAGUGGUUACCGAAAAGAAAACCCAGAGUGUCACAGUUCAGCUCCCAGACUGUAAUCACCAAACCGUGCAAGAUGAGUUUUGCCACACAUUUCCAAACGGCGACUCGGCUUGUCGUAGUACCUCGAUCAAGAAGAGUCUAAAGAUCACCAAGCUCAAAUGCAACGGACAAGAGCAAAGACCUGUUUGUAAGGAUAUCCCAAAAAUGGAUUGUCGUCUUGCUACGUCAGCCAAAUGCAAAAUGGUUCCUCGACAAGUGUGUCAGAAAUCGUGCUCAGACUCUCCACUUUGUAAUCAAUGUAAUCAAUUCAUGCAGCAAGGCCCUGGCUUUGGAUCCUGCCCAAGCAGUGGUUGUGGAACAAUCAUUCCCAAUAUUCCAUUGUUGCCAGACGGUGGAUCGUAUGGACCGAGUGGGGUGACUGAAUUCCCUGGAAUUGGUGGUGGGGGAUUUUACCCUGGGGGAGAAAUUGGCGGCGGUGGAUCAUAUCCUGGAAACGAAAUUGGCGGGGACAGUUAUUAUCCUGGAAAUGGGAUUGGUGGGGGAAGUUACUACCCUGGAAAUGGAAUUGGUGGGGAAAGUUACUACCCUGGAAAUGGAAUUGGUGGGGGAAGUUACUACCCUGGAAAUGGAAUUGGUGGGGGAAGUUACUACCCUGGAAAUGAGAUUGGUGGAGGGGGUUUGUAUCCCGGAGAAGAGGUCGGAGGAGAUGGCUCUUACCCAGGUCAAAUGGGUGGGGGUGGAUCCUAUCCUGGUUCUGGCGUGGGCGGUGGUGCAAGCUACGGUGGCUAAGAGGGUUUCACGGCAGAUGAAGCAUCUGCCAAGUGUACAUCUUUGAGUUCACAGGAUCAAGAACACAAUUAUUGAUGGACAAAUCUUGUUUGGCAUCAUCAUUGCUAACUGAAGUUGAUGCCUUGUUAGUUGAGUCCUUUGUAGCCUUACAAGUUAUUACCUCGUUUCAAUUACCUCUAAGGGUUGAUCUCCUUCUUUUGUACAUAUUUUGGACAAAAUAAACGUUACGACAGGCUCAA